UGGGGGCGGAGCCUGGGCGGGGCAGAAGAGACGCAGGCCGGGUAGGUGCCGGUGCCUCCGUGCUCCGGGACCCGGACCUGCAGCGGACGCCGCCCAGGCCGCCGCGCUGUGGCGGCAUCCACUCCGGCCCAGCUCUUUGGUGGCGGUAGCCGGACGGGAAGCCUCAGUGGGAUGCGGUUGACGCGGAAACGGCUCUGCUCGUUUCUCAUCGCCCUCUACUGCCUCUUCUCGCUGUACGCUGCAUACCACGUCUUCUUCGGGCGCCGCCGCUGGGCGUCGGCCGCAUCUUUGCGGAGCCUCCGGAAGGAGGCGGCCCCGGUGCGGGAGAGGCGCGGCCGAGAACAAUCUACUUUGGGAAGUGAAGAAUGGAAUCCUUGGGAAGGAGAUGAAAAAAAUGAGCAACAACACAGAUUUAAAACUAGCUUUCAAAUAUUAAAUAAAUCCACAAAAGGGAAAACAGACUUCCGAAUACAAAUCUGGGGCAAAGCUGCCAUUGGUUUGUAUCUCUGGGAGCAUAUUUUUGAAGGCUUACUCGAGCCCACUGAUGUGACCGCGCAGUGGAGAGAAGGAAAUUCAAUUGUAGGAAGAACACAUUACAGCUUCAUCACUGGUCCAGCUGUAGUCCCAGGAUACUUCUCUGUUGAUGUAAAUAAUGUGGUACUCAUAUUAAACGGAAGAGAAAAAGGAAAGGUCUUUUAUGCCACCCAGUGGUUACUUUAUGCACAAAAUUUAGUACAAACUCAAAAACUCCAGCAUCUUGCUGUUGUUUUGCUUGGAAAUGAACAUUGUAAUAAUGAAUGGAUAAACCAGUUCCUCAAAAGAAAUGGAGGCUUUGUGGAGCUGCUUUUCAUAAUAUAUGACAGCCCCUGGAUUAAUGACAUGGAUAUUUUUCAAUGGCCUUUAGGAGUAGCAACGUACAGGAGUUUCCCUGUGGUGGAGGCAAGUUGGUCAAUGCUGCAUAAUGAAAGGCCCUACUUAUGUAAUUUCUUAGGAACUGUUUAUGAAAAUUCAUCCAGACAAGCACUAAUGAACAUUUUGAAACAAGACGGGAUUGAUAAGCUCUGUUGGGUUUCAGUAAGAGAACAGUGGCAGCCUCAGGAAACGAAUGAAAGCCUUAAGAAUUAUCAAGAAGCUUUGCUUCAGAGUGACCUCACGCUGUGCCCAGUAGGAGUAAACACGGAAUGUUACAGAAUAUACGAGGCCUGCGCCUGUGGCUCCGUUCCCGUGGUAGAAGAUGUAAUGACAGCUGGCAGCUGUGGAAAUACGUCUGUUUACCAUAAUGCUCCUCUGCGGUUACUCAAGUCCAUGGAUGCUCCCUUCAUCUUUGUUAAGAACUGGACGGAACUUCCUGCUGUUCUGGAAAAAGAAAAAACUCUAAUUUUACAGGAAAAGAUUCAAAGGAGAAAAAUGUUACUUCACUGGUAUCAACACUUCAAAACAGAGCUAAAAAUGAGAUUUACUAAUAUUUUAGAAAGUUCAUUUUUAAUGAACAAUAAAGGUUAACUAUGAUCUUUUUGAGCUACGAUCUGAUUUUUGAAAUCAUCUCUAACACUGGAGUGUGGGUGUGUGAUUGUGUAUUUAUAAAUGUUCUUUAAAAUACCCUUGUAGACCCUAGAUUAUGUCUGUCAUGUUAACCCAGUGCUCCUGUGCUGGGCCACUCCUGUAAAUGAAGUUAAAAUGUUACUCAACUGACUUUUACAAAGUUAAAUGAUUCAACAUUUAUCAACUCUUCCCACCCAUUAAACCCACUCUAGGGAAGCAGCACAGUGUAGUGGAAAGACUAGGCUCUGGAGUCAGACAAAACCCAGGCUGAACCCUCGCCGCCGCAGCUUCUACUGUUUGGGGACCUUGAGGAAGCCGCCUGAUUGCUCUGAGUCUUGGUUCCUUUCAAUGUAAAAUGGACCUAAUGGUACCUCAUUGGGUAAGUUAUAAAUAUGAAAUGAAAUAACAUAUAAAGUACCCAAUAUAUGUAGUAAAUGCUAAAUACAAAGUAAUUUCUAAUUCAUUUUUCAAUCCUUACUAGUUAGUAGGGUUAAAUUGAAAUGUUUUAUCACAUGCUCAGUUACAUAAUAUUGGGAGUAAUCAUACACCAUGUUGGGAAUGCAUGUGGACGAAUCUCAAAGAGUUAGACGUUUAGAUGACUCAAGUUUUGUUGGAUCAUGUUGAGGUGGGUGCCUGGAUGCAGAAUUUGUUCAUAAUUCAUACAAAACAUGGACUGGGGGCAGCCAGAACCAGAAAAUUAGUGCUAAACUCAACAGAAGUUGUCGUUGAAGGACAGAGUAAGACUGGCCACCUUGGGAGAGCACUUCACGCAAAGGCUGCCUGAUGCCCUUGAGAGCAGUGGCUUUGUUUAAGGCUGAGUGGUCUUCAUCUUCAGGUCCUUGGGCUCCUGAGAGGAUGAACUUGAGCUCAAUCUGUUGCUUUGUCUGGCUUUUUAUUUUCUCAGGCAUCUUAUAGCUUGACUCCUGUGAAACCAGGGGGUUAACAUCGUUGUUAAUGAUGCUUUUUUGUCUCUAGGAGCUUUUUGUCUCCUCAUUAUAUGAAUGGCCAUAGAUAUUCAACAGGUAUAAGUUACCCCCACACUUUCUUGGACCUGGAGCUCACACAGGGAUCUCCACAUCUUCAGAAGGCCUGGCAGCCUGGAUGUAAAGGACCUUACCUUUGCGGCAUAUUGAAGAGUCAUGGUGCCUGCCACAACCGUAUUCAAGCCUAAGGAAACUGCGCCUGCUCAAAGCACCACACCUAGGGAGCAUUUUAUACCUUGUUUCUCUCCUCUUUUUCCCCCACCUCAGGUGACAACCAUGGACACUUGAUUCAAGAGCACCUUGUUUAGGCUUCCUCAUGACCCUGAACAUUGGUACCAAAAAAUAAUAGCAGGUCAACAAUUAGUCCAAAGCCUUUGUGAACUAGGAAAUACUGAGAACCUGGGAGUCAACUGCAGGAGCAGAGCUGAACGGAUGUGGUGGCAUGGGAGCUGUGAGUUAGAGUUGGGCUGUGAGGGAGGCAAAGACACUAUGAACAGCUCGAGAAGAGAAGUCUACCCCAGAGCAGUUGAAAUGCUUCGUAAUGGGCUUCCAGCUAUAACUUCCAUGAAUUUAGAGAUUGCUUUUUUUAUUUCCCCAUUGUGUAGCUUCAGAAUCAUCUCCUUUCUUCAGCCCUCAUCUCUCUUGUCCCCAGGUUACUUGAGUUGACUUCCAAACCAAAAGAACCUCCCAAAACAAUAACUACAGGCUUCACCUUUCAGAGUCCCCAUUUUGUCUUUCCCUUGAGCAGGGGUGCUGCCAGGUCCAAGGCUGUAGCACGAUUCUCCUCUGACAAGGUAAAGAAACUUCUGCACCACACUUCACCAACAAGACUGGAUCAGCUUUCAAAGAAUGCUUUCUGCAUUGAUGUGUUUGUUGCCAGCAGAGCCUUUGGAAUGUCAAGACCAUGGGGCAAGACACAAGUGAAUCAUAUCAGAAGAAACUUUCUAAUGUCCUCCAACAUCCUUUCUUACCAUGUGGAGUUUGUGGGUAACUUACUAAGAGGCCAACUCUGAGCUAUCAGUUGCCUCUAGAACGAGUUGGAAAUCUGCCUACAAAGCUCUGGUGGUCUGCAUUCCAGAGUUGGAGUCCAUAAAGUUUGAAGCUCCGUAAACUAUCAAAGUCUGAAUUCAAAGCUUCACUGAACCAGAAACAUGGUUUGAGGCCAGUGCUAGAGUAAGACUCCACUAUUACAAGUUACUUUUCUGUCAGUACAAAAGAAUGUUCCACUUCAGGAAGUAGCCAAGCAGCAAAAUGCAAUCCUAUAUUAAAUAUUUUGUAACAUACACUAUGUACCAGGAACUUACGUAAAUGUUAGGAAUUUUAAAAAACUAGUUCUGUCCUCAAGGGCUCACAGAACCCUGAUGGGAGAGAGAACUACAUAAAUAAUUACAGAAUAUUUGUGCUAAGAAUUCCAGUAGAUAUAUUUACUAAGAGCUAUGGGAAUUCAGAGAAAAACCUGUCUGUCCAGGAGUAAAACUUCCAGGCUUGCCUUGAGUUGAAUUUAAAGGAUAAAUAGAUUUGGUGGCAUUUUUCAGUAUUGACAAAGGGACUUUGGGGCAGCAUUUUUUUUCCCUCUGAAAAUCAGCUGGGCCUGAGCCCUUCCAAGUGCCCCGGUUCAGAAGACUGAGGCUACUGGGAUGGUGCCAGUCAACUCAAGUGAGCUCUCUCUAGGUGUACAGUCACUGACCUGUGCAGGCAAGGCCUUCUGUCAUCUCCAUCCAUCAGGAUGGAUUCACAGGGGUGAUCUCUGGGGUAGUAGUUCUUGAGUAUUCUCGGAAGGAAUCAGAAUCCCACUUGCUUCAAGUUGUCUAGCAUAUAACUAUGUGUCACUAGUCCUAAAAUGACUCUUACAGCUCCAUUUAGAUACCUUUCGUGUAACAUGAAACUGAACUGUAUUAAACUGUAUUAAACAUAAAACUAAAACUGUA